AUGUCAACGGGCAAUCCCGAUAAGACUAAAACUAGACUGUCCGUGCCCUCUACUAGCGCCGCUAGAGUUUCGCCUAACCCCCCUGUGCCUAGAUCCAAGAAGGACUCGGCUCUUCGUGCAUCCAGCACAUCACCGAUCCCCGCACGGUCAGCUAGUGUUUCGCCCACUUCCGGCACCAAGCCUCUGAUCCUCGUGACCAAACCUCCGUCGGUUCCUUCGACCAAGGCUGUUUCCGUCCCAGUUCCUCGGCUGCCAAUUGUUACGCGUUCUCACAGCAAAAUGGCACACAAUGUGGUAGACUCGGCAUUGAAUAAGUUCAUCGCCGCGACUGACCGUGUCAGUCACUUUGCGUCGCGACUUAACAAUGCUUCUACUGACAGCGCGUCCCUGUACACGUGCCAGGUCCGGAGGGACCAGAUGCGUGCCUUGUGGGACAAGGUCGAGAAGGAGUACGAGGCUUGCUCCUGCGUCAUGUCGGAUGAAAUGACGACAGACGAGUUGCCUACCAUUCAGGCAAAAUAUGAUUACUGCUAUAUUCUCUAUGAGCAGUGGUCCGCUCAGCUAAGUGAACAAAUAGCUGAUGCCUCCCAGGCCAUCACUCCCCGUACACCCGUACAACCCCAAGCCGUGCCGUUCGUGUCCACAGGGUGUCGCUUACCUCCGUGCGACACCGAAGUUUUCGGAGGCGAUUACACUCGCUGGCCCACCUUCCGAGACUUAUUCACGGCUAUCUACAUCCGAAAUCCUAGACUGUCGGAAGUUGAGAAACUUUUCCAUCUCAACUCCAAGACCAGCGGUGAAGCCCAUGCCAUUGUGUCAAAGUCUCCUUUGACCAAUGAAGGGUUUCAGUCGGCGUGGUCCAGCUUGACUGAGCGUUUUGAGAACAAACGGUUGCUCGUGAACAGUCAGCUGCGUAUCCUUUUUAAUUUGCCCGCCAUCGGGCAAGAGUCGGGUGCAGCCAUUCAAGAGUUGCAAAGCACUAUCCAAGGGUGCUUGACGGCUUUGGAGCACUCCAAGAUCAAUACGGAGAAUUGGGAUUGCAUCCUGGUUUUCCUGUGUUCUUCGAGGCUCCCCAAAUUGACCCUUUCUCUUUGGGAACAGUCCAUCCAGAAUAAGAGCGACGUUCCAACGUGGGCUGACAUGAACGCUUUCCUUCUAGAGCGGUAUCGCACCCUAGAAGCGAUAGCGGAAGUGUCAGCCAGCACGAGCGCUCCGACGGUUCCGCGUGCCUCACGCAAGGAGGCCCCCGUCGCCAAGCAGGUAAACUCCUUUGAGAGUCGGGUAACUUCAAAAACCCAGUCCUGCAAGUUGUGUUCCCGGAGAAAUCACCCGAUUCGUUUGUGCCCUCGUUUCCUCCAGAUGGGUAUCAACGAUAGGGUCAAUUAUAUAAAGCAACAGAAGCUGUGUCUCAAUUGUUUCGCACGAGGCCAUAUCCUGGCUGAGUGCACAAGUGCGCACAGCUGCUUUACCUGCAAGGGUCGUCAUCAUACACUCUUGCAUCGAGUGAGCCCGGCGCCGACAGUCACAACCCCCAUUCCAUCUCCUAUACAGUCCACUUCCACCCAGUCAGCUAACGUCCAAUCCUUCGUGGCAGUCAACACACAAGGUGUUCUGCUCAGCACAGCUGUCAUUCAUGUUUGCCAUCUCGGCGUCCGCUAUACAGCUCGGGCUCUGAUUGACUCCGGAUCAGAAGCCACCUUCCUCUCAGAAAAGUUGUUCAAGCGCUUGAGGAUGCCGUAUACAUCCGUGCAAGCCCGCGUCUCUGGGCUGACGCAAGCUGUGGCGGCCCAGCCCCGUAAGUUUUGCCAAUUCUUAAUUGGCUCCCCGGUCAGACCCGAUUUGCAGAUCGAGGCGUCGGCGUACGUCCUCCCCCAGUUAGCGGGGAAUCUGCCCUCAUGUUCCGUCCCACAAACACUCCUCGAAAAUCUGCCCAGCAUCCAGCUGGCAGACCCCAAAUUCUAUGAGAGUUCGCAGAUUGAUGUGCUACUAGGCGCUGACAUCCUCCCGUCCAUUCUGCUCGGCGGCUCUCACCCUAACUUUUGUGGGACCCUCCUCGGUCAAGAGACCAUUUUCGGUUGGAUCCUGACUGGCCCUGUGUCGGGAUCCAUUUCAAAAUCCAUUUCGUCCUUUUCAGCUCGACUGUCCGUCGAGCGAACUCCGCCAUUGGAGGAACUCCUCUCCAAAUUUUGGGAGGUGGAGGACCUGCCGGCUAGCCCAGCAAAAGAAUCUGACCUUUUUUGUGAGGCUAACUUCAACGCCACGACCGUGCGAACCUCAACGGGUCGCUACAUGUUCCUGAGAAACGAGAGCCGUUUAAAGAGGAACGACUCUCUGAAGGAACAAUAUGACUCCGUUAUUCGAGAGUAUCUGGAUUUGGGUCACAUGACUCAAGUCCCCCCAUCCAGUUCCGGCAACUAUUAUUUGCCACAUCACGCUGUUCUCAAGCCCGACAGCACCACCACAAAGCUCCGCGUUGUAUUCAACGCCUCCAGCCCGACUUCAAACGGGAAGAGUCUGAACGACAUCCUCCACACUGGGCCAAUCCUUCAAUCCGACCUGACCAUUCAAAUCCUGAAAUGGAGGUUUUUCAAGUUCGUCUUCAACGCUGACAUCACCAAGAUGUAUCGGCAAAUCCUUGUGGAUCCCAACCACACCCGGUUUCAAAGGUUGCUCUUCCGUACUCCAGACGAGAAGUUAUGCGACUUUGAACUCAACACAGUCACCUUUGGAGUGAACUGUGCUCCGUACCUGGCUAUCCGCGUUCUGCAUCAGCUUGCGAGUGAUGUUCGCGACCGGUACCCCCUUGCUAGUGACAUCAUCGCCAAUUAUAUGUACGUUGAUGACGUCCUAGCAGGAGCUCACACUAAGCAGGCUGCGGUGUCUGCUAUAGAUGAGCUUCGAACAGCGCUCGAGAGUGCUGGGUUCCCUUUGCGUAAGUGGACCUCGAACUCGAAAGAUGUGCUGAGAAGAAUCCCUAAGGAUCACUUGCUCUGUGCAGACUUCCUCGAGAUCGACGAAGCUAGUGUCGCGAAGACGCUAGGCAUUCGUUGGCGGGCCACGUCCGACGAGUUCUUUUUCGUCACCGCCGAGAUGGUGUCCAAACCAUCUUUCAGUAAGAGAGAAGUGCUGUCGCAGAUCGCCAAGUUGUUCGAUCCGGCAGAUGGACCAACUACGCUCCCGGCGCAAAAAUCCAAUUCCACGGUUUUUUGCGACGCCUCUCAAAGCGCGUAUGGAGCCGCUCUUUACGCACGUGUGGAAACAGCGGGACAAGUGUCUGUGAGCCUUCUGACAGCGAAGACUAGAGUUGCACCUAUCAAGACGGUCUCUCUACCUCGUCUUGAGCUGUGCGGGGCUCUCCUGUUGGCAGAAUUAUCCGCCGCCCUCCUACCACAUUUUCCCACCCCCGACGCUGAGACGUACCUGUGGACAGAUUCCACUAUCGUUCUGGCAUGGUUGGACAAGCAGCCAUGCAAGUGGACCACUUUCGUGGCGAACCGAGUGGCCAAGAUUCACUCGGUGAAUGGCACUUGGCAGCAUGUUCGUUCCGAACACAAUCCAGCCGACCUGGCAAGCCGCGGUGUCUCGCCGCAAGAGCUACUGGGCAGUCGCCUUUGGUGGCAGGGGCCCGAAUGGCUGACGCACUCACCAGCGCAGUGGCCUUCACCGGUCAUUGGGCUCGAUACUGAAUUGGAGUGUCGAGCGGUGAAGGUCCAUGCAGCGCAAGUCCUAUGUGAGGACUUCCUCGACCGUUUCUCCAGGUUCGAUCGAGCGCUCCGAGUGUUUGCGUAUGUGCGAAGGUUUGCCCAGCGUUGCCGCCAACCCAAGGUCUCGUUUCCAGAGACGCUCAGCUCUCAAGAGCUUGCAGAAGCUCAAGAGAGGCUGAUUGUACAGGCUCAGAAUCGGGUAUACGCGAAAGAGUGUGCUUCCCUCCGGUCCCAUAAUCGUCUAAUCGGGUCAAGCGAUAUCCUAAGCUUGAAUCCGUUCCUUGACAAGCAAGGUGUCCUGCGUUCGUGUGGACGCGUAAGAGCGUCCACCUCCUUAUCCUACGACGAACGGCAUCCAAUAAUUCUCCCGUUCGGCUGCGUGUUCUCACGCCUCCUGGUUUCCUUCACGCAUCAAGUCUCCCUCCAUGGAGGCAACCAAUUGGUGAUGCGGCUGGUCCGAACCAAGUUCUGGAUUCCCAAGCUAAGGAACUUGGUGAAGACAGUGAUUAGUGCAUGCAAGACCUGUGUGAUUCAUCGCCGCAAGCUCCAGUCGCAGUUGAUGGGUGAUCUCCCAAGCGCCCGGUCGACUUUUUCGCGACCUUUCACUAACUCCGGAGUAGACUUCGCCGGUCCCUUCGACGUCAAGAGCUACGUCGGACGGGGCUGCAAGAUUACGAAGGGUUACGUAUGUGUCUUCGUGUGCUUCAGCACGAAGGCAAUCCAUCUUGAGGCGACCACGGAUCUGACAGCGGAAAAGUUCUUGGAAGCUUUCUCCCGAUUCGUGGCACGGCGCGGGUGCCCUCUCCACAUGUACUCUGACAACGGGAAAACGUUCGUCGGAGCCUCCUCCAUUCUCUCCAAAGAAUUUGUGGAGAGCACCCGCAACCUGAUUGUCACCACUCACAGCCAUCAAGGUCUUGCAUGGCAUUUCAACCCACCUGGUGCCCCUCACAUGGGGGGUCUCUGGGAAGCGGGCGUCAAGAGCUUCAAGACGCAUUUCUACAAGACGGUUUCCUCCGUAAAACAUACGUUCGAGGAGCUUUCCACCCUCCUAUCUAAAAUUGAAGCGUGCCUCAAUUCGCGGCCUUUGACUCCUAUGUCAGAGGAUGUGAGCGACUUGGCGGCACUUACUCCCGGUCAUUUCCUGAUCGGGGGUCCGCUACUCUCCAUGGCGGAGCCAGAGUCCAGAGAGGAUGUGGAGUCCAUCCGCAACCGCUGGCAACGGCUCAAGGCUCUCCAUCAGCAUUUCUGUGUGCGAUGGAAGAACGAAUAUCUGAAGGAAUUGCAUAAGCGGAAUAAGUGGCAGUCACCUUCACGCGAUCUCCAAAUCGGUGACAUGGUGGUCAUCAGAGAGGAGAAUAUACCGCCACAAGAAUGGCGCCUCGGGCGUGUGCUGACCGCUUGCCCAGGCGCUGAUGAAAGGGUCCGUGUGGUUGACAUCCAGACGUGUCGUGGUGUUUUCCGCCGACCAGUUGCAAAGCUGGUCCUCCUUCCUACGGGACACGCGCUCUGA